ACCAAUGCUGACUUGAAGCGCGCAAGUUUGAACUUCCUGGGAUUCCGUAGACUGCGUCAAUGACAUUCUGUCUGUUCUUUCACGAGACGUCUUCCUCGUGGAAGCUUUAAACAUGUCACUAAGCUUUUUAUGGAAGACUUUAGUAAAAGAUGUAUCAAAGGUGAGUCGCCAGCCUGCACAGGCUUUCCACAGCGGAUGUCAUCUUCUGGCAGUAGACAAGAACCUCCUGCUCAGACUGCGGAGAAGCUCCGGCUACACUUUCAUCAACUGCAAGAAAGCACUGGAGAAGUUUGACAACGACGUCACCCAGGCGGAGGCUUGGCUGCACGAGCAGGCCCACAAGGAAGGAUGGAGCAAAGCAAACAAGCUGGAGGCUCGCAAAGCCAAAGAGGGACUCAUCGGGCUCCUUGUGCGAGAUCGGACGGCCGUCAUCGUGGAGGUCAACUGUGAGACGGACUUUGUGGCCCGAAAUGAGAAGUUCCUUCAGCUGGUCCAGGAUGUGGCCUUUUCCACCUUGACUCACCACCAAAAUAAAAGCCAAACAGGAUAUGUCAAGAGUCUCCUGGAUGCCCAUGAUCUCCGCAAAGUCCCCCUGACCCCCCAAGGAGGGAGCCUGGCGGAUCGGGUGGCCUUCACCAUAGGUCGCCUGGGUGAGAAGAUGUCAGCCAAGCGUGCCGUCUCAGUCAGCGUCCCUACCGACUGGCGCAUCGGCUUCUACGUUCAUGGCGGCGCGGUGGGCCAGAUGGAGGUGGCCACUGGACGUUACGGCGCCCUAGUCGUCUUCCGGGGUGGUAAAGAGGGAGAAGAGGAAAGUUUGGGACGCAAACUGGGCCAGCACAUUGUGGGAGAGGCGCCCAUGUCGCUCGGCAACAUGGACGACCUACCAUGCGGCGAGAGCGAGACACGCCUCCUGCCGCAGACCUUCUUGGGAGACCCCAGCAGGACCGUGGCGCAAGUUCUCAAGGGCCAGCAGGCUCAAGUGCUGGACUUUGUUAGGUUUCAGUGUGGAGAGCUCAGCAGGGAAGAAAGUGAAUGAAGACGUCUUUGACUGUCAGCGUGUACGUACGCCUCAGCUUUCUAGGUCAUUCAAGGUGGAAUCAAUACAUCUAUGUAUACAGUACACCUGCCGGCCAAUCACAUCCCUUCCUUAGUCCCUCGUGGGGGGCAUACCUUAUCUUAAGAAUAUAAUAGAAUAAAUGCUACCAUAGCGUACA